AUGAAAUUAUUAGUGGGAUCAAUCGUUGACGUGAAUAAACCAGACGACAAUGGGUCAAUCAUCGCCCACCCAACAGGCGAUCAUCGCCCACCUAACAGUGGAUCAUCGCCCACCUAUCAGUGGAUCAUCGCCCACCUAUCAGUCGAUCAUCGCCCACCUAUCAGUGGAUCAUCGCCCACCUAUCAGUCGAUCAUCGCCCACCUAACAGUGGAUCAUCGCCCACCUAUCAGUGGAUCAUCGCCCACCCAACAGUCGAUCAUCGCCCACCUAUCAGUGGAUCAUCGCCCACCUAUCAGUGGAUCAUCGCCCACCCAUCAGUCGAUCAUCGCCCACCUAUCAGUCGAUCAUCGCCCACCUAUCAGUCAAUCAUCGCCCACCUAUCAGUCAAUCAUCGCCCACCCAACUGUCGAUCAUCGCCCACCUAUCAGUGGAUCAUCGCCCACCUAUCAGUCAAUCAUCGCCCACCUAUCAGUCGAUCAUCGCCCACCCAACUGUCGAUCAUCGCCCACCUAUCAGUCAAUCAUCGCCAACGAUCAUUUUGUCGAUCAUCGCCCACCCAACAGUCGAUCAUCGCCCACUAAACAGUCGAUCAUCGCCCACCCAACAGUCGAUCAUCGCCCACUAAACAGUCGAUCAUCGCCCACCCAACAGUCGCCCACCCAACAGUCGAUCGUCGCCCACCUAUCAGUUGAUCAUCGCCCACCUAUCAGUCGAUCAUCGCCCACGCAACAGUCCAUCAUCGCCCACCCAACAGUCAGUCGAUCAUCGCCCGAUCGUCGCAAACAGUCGAUCAUCGCCCACCCAACAGUCGAUCAUCGCCCACCCAACAGUCGAUCAUCGCCCACUAAACAGUCGAUCAUCGCCCACCCAACAGUCGAUCAUCGCCCACCUAUCAGUCGAUCAUCGCCCACCCAACAGUCGCCCACCCAACAGUCGAUCGUCGCCCACCCGAUCAGUUGA